ACUUCUCCGACUGAGGCUACCAUGGCAGCGGUAGUAGCGCUAAUGCGGAAAACGCGAGAUUAUUUUAAGACCAAGGAGUUUCGGGAUUAUAUAACCAGCACCCACUUCUGGGGUCCUGUGGCCAACUGGGGCCUUCCGCUGGCCGCCUUUAAGGAUAUGAAGGCGCCUCCCGACAUCAUCAGUGGCCGCAUGACGACGGCCCUCAUCUUCUACUCCAUGGCUUUCAUGCGCUUUGCCUACCGUGUCCAGCCUCGAAACUACCUGCUGCUGGCAUGCCAUUUCUCCAACGUAUUGGCGCAGAGCAUCCAGGCGAGCCGUUACCUGAAGCACCAAUAUGGUGGUGGAGCCAAGGCCAAAGCCGCCAAAGCCACCAACCCUCCGGCCAAAUAAGCCUGAUGACUGGGAAGAUGAGAGGGGUAGCCUGAACCAGACUUUGCAGCUUGCAAGCACUGGACUCUAUUCCUCCUAAAGAAAAGCCAAGGAAAACUUUGGUUUGCAAAUCCAAUUUAAACCAGUUUGGUUAAUUUAAAAAAAAAAAAGAGUCCCAAGUGAAUUUGACAUUAUGAGAAUUAAAAUUUUAAUUUGACUGAUUACAAGCAAA